CUUAGAUUUUAUUAAUUAUAUAUCAUCAAGUGUGUGAAAUUUAGACGUAAAUGGACCAAUCUACUCAAGUAAACUUCCCCAUAGUUCCUAGAUUCGACAAAAAAAUAUGGAGGCACAACACAUCGGCAGAUCUGUUUUCGUCGCUUCCCAGUCAGAGAAAUUUAACACCUACUAACUCUUGGUCUCAACUAAAAGCCCUUCCUAGUCGCCAAAGGCUGAAUCUCACCUCCGACACAAUCAACAGGACGAAAAUAGCAUACUUAGAUAGUCCAAUCACAAAUAUGCAUCCCUCCCUAAUGGAAACUCCUCUAUCGAUAUCCAGAGAAAGGACGCCGCCAUUUUCGAGCAAUUCGAGCAUCGCCUCUAACGGGCCCUCCGGAUAUGUGAUGAUUAAACCUUCAAGACCAAAGGUAAAAUUACGGGACGACGAGACCCACCCGAAAGCUUAUUGUCGAUGCUACGAUAUCGAAACGACCUCAAGUAACGAUAAACUACAAUUAGCGAAUACUUCCGAAGGACUUUCAUGGCGACGAUUGCACAUGUCGAGAGCAAAACUGAAAGCGACAGCUACCACUUCCGAACUCCUAUCUGGGUUUGCUAUGAUAGCUAUGGUAGAACUUCAAAUCAACACGCCAACAAACGUACCCGAAUGGUUGUUUGUACUGUUUGCAGUUUGCACGACAGUUUUAGUAGCAGUUCAUAUAUUCGCUUUGAUGAUCUCUACGUACAUACUUCCGAAUAUUGAGGCAAUAGCGAAACUGGAAGUGUGCGAAAUGGUGUCAGAGAGCCCUCACGAAAGGAUGAAGGGGUUUAUAGAAAUUGCGUGGGCGUUUUCUACAAUUUUAGGACUGUUCCUCUUUUUAGUGGAAAUAGCAAUCCUGUGUUGGGUGAAAUUCUGGGACUACUCGUUCACGGCCGCUGUGGCCGCCACAGUUAUUGUGAUUCCAGUAUUGAUUACGUUCGUACUAUUCGCGGCGCAUUUUUAUCAUUCGCUAGUCGUUUACAAAUGCAACACGUCCGAUAGCGACAUGGAGAAAUUGGAAAAUCUCAAAAAGCAAUUGGACGAAGUGACCAUAUCAAUGUGAUUCUUUUAAUAAUUUAGAUAUAUUAAUGUGUUGUAGAUAAUAAUCAGACUAUAAGAAAAUUAUAUUUUUCUGUAAGUUUUAAAAUGA